ACUCGGAGCUUCAGUGCCACCGGUAACAUCACUACUGUUAUCUAUCCACUGCUUUUAACGGACACAAACUCCAAGCAGACACAGCCAGGUGGUGGGAUAGCGGAUAAGGAAAGACUCUCUCCGUCAGCUGUGUCUCUGCUGUUUUAUCUCUCCAGCACGCCGUAUAGCAGCUGUAUCUCCAUGAUGGGUGAUCAGUCUAAGAAUCCUCCUCCUGCUGGAGACUCAUCACUUCUACACAGUAAACUCCAAGGAAAGAGAUCAGAAUCACCAACACCCAGUUGUAGCUCCAUGAAGAGUCAUGAGCCUAUGGAUCAUCAUCUGGAGGUUAAAGCUGUAGACUCCUCACUUCUACACAGGGACGACCCAGAAUCUGCUGGUGGAAAUGAAUUCCAGAAAAAGUUCAAAUUAAAUCUGAUGAAGAAGUUUCAGUGUUUGAAUGAAGUGAUGAUAAACCUGGGAACCCAAACACUCCUGAAUGAGAUCUACACAGAGCUCUACAUCACAGAGGGAGACCGUGGAAAAGUCAAGAAUGAACAUGAGGUGAGACAGAUGGAGGCAGCAUCCAGGAGAAGAACAACAGAGGAAACACCAAUCAAAUGCAAUGACAUCUUUAAGCCUUUAUCUAAACAAGACAAACCCAUCAGAACUGUGCUGACAAAUACAUCAUCUAAACAAGACAAACCCAUCAGAACUGUGCUGACAAAGGGAGUCGCUGGCAUCGGAAAAACCGUCUCUGUGCAGAAGUUCAUUGUGGACUGGGCUGAAGGGAAAGUAAAUCAGGACGUCCACCUCAUAUUUCCACUUCCUUUCAGAGAGCUGAACUUGAUGAAGGACCAGAAACUGAGUCUGAUGGAGCUCCUUCAUGUGUUUCUUAAGGAAACAAAAGAAACAGAAAUGUCCAGUUUGGAAAAGGUUCUGUUCAUUUUUGACGGAUUGGACGAGUGUCGUUUUCCUCUAGAUUUCCAGAACACAGUGAGAGUGUGUGAUGUAACUGAACCAGCAUCAGUGCCUGUGCUGCUGAUAAACCUGAUCAAAGGGAAUCUGCUUCCCUCUGCUCUCAUCUGGAUCACCUCCAGACCUGCAGCAGCUAAACAAAUCCCCUCUAAGUGUGUGGAUCGAGUCACAGAGAUACGAGGGUUCAGUGACCCACAGAAGGAGGAGUACUUCAGGAAGAGGAUCAGUGAUCAGAGCCUGGCCAAUAACAUCAUCACACACCUGAAGUCAUUAAGAAGCCUCUACAUCAUGUGUCACAUCCCAGUCUUCUGCUGGAUUUCAGCUACUGUUCUAGAGAGAAUGUUGGGUGAAGCAGAGAGUGGAGAGAUCCCCAAGACUCUGACGCAAAUGUACACACACUUCUUCAUCAUUCAGACAAACAUCAUAAGAGAAAAAUACUCAAAGAAGCAGGAGAGUGAUGAAGAAAUGCUUCUUAAACUGGGACAACUGGCUUUUCAGCAGCUGAAGAACAGAAACCUGAUCUUCUAUGAUGAAGACCUGAGAGAGUGUGGUAUUGAUGUGACAGAAGCAGCAGUGUACUCAGGUGUGUGUACUCAGAUCUUCAGAGAGGAGUUUGGGCUUCACCACAGUAAAGUGUACUGCUUUGUUCAUCUGAGCAUUCAGGAGCAUCUCGCAGCUCUAUAUGUUCACCUGACCUUCAUGAAGGAGAAGAGAAAUGUUCUGAUACAGAAUCAGGUUUUUAACAGGAGGAUGGAAGAAAAUACAAUCUCAGAUGUACACAACAGUGCUGUAGAUCAGACUUUAGAAAGUCAGAUUGGAUAUCCGGACCUGAUCUUCAUGAAGGGGCAAGGUUUUAGUAUAUCAAUUGAAGAUUGUAACAGGUGGAUGAAAGCAAAUACAAUCUCAGAUGUACACAACUGUGCUGUAUUUCAGGCUUUACACAGUCAGGCUGGACAUCUGGAUCUUUUCCUUCGCUUUCUUCUGAUUCUCUCACUGGAGUCCAAUCAGAAACUCUUACAAGGUUUAGUACCACAGACAGGAAGUAACCCUCAGAGCACACAGGAAACAGUUCAGUACAUUAAGGAGAAGAUCAGUCACAAUUAUCCUACAGAGAAAUCCAUCACUCUGUUCCACUGUCUGAAUGAACUGGGUGAUGAUUCUCUAGUGGAGGAAAUCCAACUCUUCCUGAAAUCUGGAAAACAAAGUGAACUUUCUUCUUCACAGCUUUCUGCUUUGGUGUUUGUGCUACUGACAUCAUCAGAGGAGCUGGAUGAAUUCGACAUGAGUAAAUAUUUCAGUACAGAUAAGAUAACAGACUAUGUUGUUGGGAAGAUGAUGCCUGUGAUUACAGCAUCCAGUAAAGCAAUUAUCAGCUGUGAUUCACUUAGAGUAGAAAAUUGGUCACCUCUGUUCUCAGCGCUCAGAUCAGAAACCUCCAAUCUGAGAGAACUUCAUCUGACUGUGAAAACACUGAGUCUGUAUGGAUAUAAACUACGAGACUCAGUAGUCAAGAUUCUCUGUGCUGGACUGGAGCAUCCUCACUGUAAAGUGGAGACACUGAGGUUGUAUUGUUGUGAUGUCUCAGAUGAAGGCUGUGCUGCUCUGACUUCAGCUCUGAGAUCAAACCCCUCACACCUGAGACACCUGGAUCUGUCCUAUAAUAAACUAGGAGACUCAGGAGUGAAGAGUCUCUCUGCUGUACUGGAGAAUCCUCACUGUAAACUGGAGAUACUGAAGUUGUUUAAGUGUGAUGUCUCAGAUGAAGGUUGUGCUGCUCUGACUUCAGCUCUGACAUCAAACCCCUCACACCUGAGAGACCUGGAUCUGACCUGGAAUAAUCUAGGAGACUCAGGAGUGAAGAUUCUCUCUGCUGUACUGGAGAAUCCUCACUGUAAACUGGAGACACUGAAUUUGUGGGGUUGUGGUGUCUCAGAUGAAGGCUGUGCUGCUCUGACUUCAGCUCUGAGAUCAAACCCCUCACACCUGAGAUACCUGGAACUGUCUGAUAAUAAUGUAGGAGACUCAGGAGUGAAGAUUCUCUCUGCUGUACUGGAGAAUCCUCACUGUAAACUGGAGAAACUGGGGUUGUUUAGGUGUGGUGUCUCAGAUGAAGGCUGUGCUGCUCUGACUUCAGCUCUGAGAUCAAACCCCUCACACCUGAGAGAACUGGAUCUGACCUGUAAUAAUCUAGGAGACUCAGUAAAGAAGCUGCUGUCUGAUCUUAAGGAUGAUGAACAUUACAAACUACAGACAGUGAGAUUCAUGUUCUAAUGAAUAUCUGUGUGUGAUGAAGACUCCAGUGUUCCUGCAUUACCAUGAUGGAGAAUAGAGAACAUGUUUAUUAACACAUCACUCAUUUAGUUCUAACACAUUAAACACACACAGAGACGUGAGAAGUGUGUGUUCAUCGUGUACAGUGAAUCAGACUAAACACAAUUCUACACUGAGUUUAUAAUGACCUCUGAUCCCUGGGUAAAAUUCCCUGGACCUCAAUCCCAUAAAAACCUGAGGGAUUAUUUGUAACAGCAGGUGAAAAUCCACAUGAACUCGAGCUGAACCCUGUUCAUUUUACUGUUUGUGUCAUUUAUUAUUUGUUUAUUAUGUUGUAAGAAUGAUGGAUAGAAUGGAUGAUGAAGGAAAUGAAUGGUUAACUUCAUGCUCAUUAGAUAAACCUUAUGAAUGCUAUCAAACAGCACAACCCUGCUCUCGUAUUCCCAUCCAAAAGAAAGUGAGAUUAAGGCUACAGAUACCAGUAAACAUAGAGCUAGGAGAAAAAGACAAAGAGAAGCAAAAAAGAAGAGAAUCGGAAAAACAGCAGAAGAAAUAAAACAACUGUUGAAUAAAAUAAAAAAAACAUGAAGC